AUGGUCCAGGAGGGUUCUCCAAACUCUCUGCUGCUCAAGGACGCUCCUCGACUACCAUACCCCAGCAUCAGUCCACGGGGGGCAUGGCCCUGGGUUCGGCGGUUUUCAACGUGCCUUCCUCGUCCAAACAGAUCGGAAUGGUUAUCGAGCAGUCGCUCGGUUGUCUCCAUGUGGAAAUCUGCCCGUGCUGUUCGGAGGGUUUCGCGGUAUGUCUGUCCUCGAGUAACCAGUUUUGUCGAUCUGGCUCUGGAACCGUCGAAACCAAUAACGCGAGUUGACGGUGUGGAUGCGCUCGGCAACAAAGCGUCGGCGACUUCUGAGCAGUCCCUGCCAACACCUCUGCUGUCGUUUGUCGAUUUACUUCUCGCGUUUGACGGCGCAUAUCCAUUUGCUUCGGGGGUAUUGGCGCGUCUAUCAGAUGGCUGCUCUCCUGUAGUUGAUGCUGACCAGCGGCCUGCGGGGGUUUUCUCCUCCCGUCAGGAUGCUAUAAUCUGGUCUCAAGCGAUGAUAGGUUCUCCGGCACUUUUGUCCAGCAAUGACACGUUUGUGAACAUGGCCGUCCAGGAGUUCAUGCAACAUCCCGACAUCGUCCGGGACUCCACCGGCCCCCAGGACACGUCAGCGGAAGGAAGCCCAGCAUGGGCGUCAUCGGGCGUCAUUUUGGCGAAUUGCCCUCGAGAUCUGCCAAGAUCCAACAGGCUCACUGGAAGGCGCGCACAGUACACUGCGGCGCACUUCUGUCCGAUGCGCACAAGGUCUCUCCAUUUUAACCAGCACCGCGUGUGGGCGACUGGGGAAAAGAAUAUAAUGUUGCACGCACGCCUAGACCGAUACCAAUGGAGCCCGGCGGGACGGGUACCCUUGCUUAACAAGCCAUUUGAAUGA